CGCAGCUCCACCACAAGGGGGCGGCAGAGACCCUUAAACACAUCCUGACAGCCGUGUUUACCAACAGAAGAAGGACCACAGGAAACGUCAGCAGACCGUCAUGGCGUCAGGUGUGGAUCAAGCAGCCGGCAUGAGCCUGGUGGUCUUCAGCCUGGUGCUGUUUACGUAUUACUCCAUGUGGGUCAUCGUCCUGCCGUUCGUGGACAGCGAUCAUGUGCUGCACAAAUAUUUUCUUCCUCGGGAGUAUUCUGUGAUUCUUCCGGGCACUGCGGCGGUGAUCCUGCUUCUCCUAAUAGGAGCCUGCAUUGGAAUAAUUCUGUGGAAGAAUCGCAAACCAAAGAAAGCGGACUAAUCUGAGGACGUUAGCUCGACUGCUACGGGACAAAGUUUGUAGGAACAGCCUCUCUGACGAUGCUGCACACGACCACACCUUCACUUUCAGAUAACGACCCCUUAACUCAGUUUUUUCAAAAGAAGACCAAGAUCAAGAAUCGGGCAUCACUCGCCCUGAAAAUUAUACAGCACAAAAAGACGCUUGCAGUGGGCUCUUGUUGUGUGUCCCAGCUGUCCCAGUAUCACCUCUCUCUACUGCUCAGAUCGGUCCACACACAGGUGAUGAGCUGUUGGUGAGGGGACAUUUCUUUGUGAUCAAAACACAGUGGGGUGAUCCAGCCGGAGCAGCUUGUCAGAAUACAAAGACACGUCAUGAAACGGCUCCACGAGAGGGUUUAGUUUUAGACACAUAGUCAUGUCAGAGUCAUAUUCACAGACAUCAUGCAGGUUUCUUAUUUUUAGGUAAUCACGAGGAGGAAUAGUUUGAGUGUGAAUACUUUUGUGCAGUUACCAGCAGCAGACGGUAGAAAGUUCAACCUUGCUGCGCCGAGUAUAAAUGCAAAUAUUAGUCGUUUUACAAUUUGUUGAUUUAAUUGUGACCAAUGCAUCAAAUGUUAACAUUUAUGUUCAAUAUUGAUCAUGGUACCUUUAUGAAAAUUUGUUUUGCAUCUCAGUUUGUGGAGCAUUUAACCCUUUGAGUGCUCCGUGUGUUAGACGGUGUGUCAGUCGCUCAAUCCUUCAGAGUUUUUAUUUUCAGGUCGGGUAGUUUAUGAGAAAUCUACAAUAAAGCCACUUUGUGUGAGUUUCAAAACAUAAUGUGUAAUUUAUUUAUCUGAAAACUGUUAAAUUCUUAUGAUUUGUGAGAUUCAGGCCGGCCCGAGGUGUGGGUGGUCACCAAGAUUAUGAACCCACGACUCCGCUCUCUCUAAAGUCCAGCAAUUCUGAUUGGAACAGUUUUUGAACUGCAUUUAUUCCAAAUGUCAUUCAUUUAACAUUAAAAUCUUAAAUGUUAUUUAGACGCGUACAGAGGGCAUGAAUUGGCACCAAAAUAAACACAAUUUUUUCUUUAGUUCAGCAGAAUGCUCCUCGAAAUGACCCUGAUGUCCUCAGGUUUAAAGGUUGGAUCCGCCUCGUGGCACCAAACCAACAAACAUCCUCUGUAAUGGAUCAGUCUCAAAAUGUCACACAUUGCAAACACUCUGCGUCAGAGCUGGAUUUAGAUUUGUUAUGACAGUGAUUCAUUUUGUGAUAUCCUAUAAUUUCCUCCAUCAGUGGAGAUGUGAGAUAUUUGUUCCAGCACUCAGAGUUAUUCUCAUCUGUUUGUGGUUUAUCCCUGUUGUUGGAGAGAGGAUAUUAAAACUAUCUGAUCCCAAAUAUGAUGGAGACAACCUUAAGGUCAAGCCUGAAGUGAGUCAGUGAUUCCCUUCUUUGAAAAGUCUCUCUUUCUUUCUUUCUCGGUCUCUGAAGCAGAUGUUUUCAUUUAUCUCCGUGUGGUUACGAUUUGUUGCAGCUGUUCGACUCAAUCAUUCGUACCACUACAUGUUUAAUUUGCUGAACUCAACGCGAGUUAAUGAGAAACUGUGAAACAUGCGUCUGUAAAAGUUCCCACUUUUACAGACUAAUUAACUACAGCUGAAUGAUUUUAAAGUUAAACCAUACGUAGCUGGCUAAACACUCAUGAAGCAUCGCUCUCUGUCGGAGCUACACAACUCUCUACAUUCAGAAAUAAAAACAGAGGAAUGUCUCGUCCUUUGGAUAUAAAAUGAAAACACUCUUCCUCUCAUAUUCAGGGUAACACAGUAAUGAAAGUCCCACAGCAGAAGGUGUAACUUGUGUCGGCGUGCAGUCUGAAUUCUGUAAAUAAAAAAAGAUGUUUCAGGUUUUUUUGUUUUUGAAAGUGUUGAAUGUUUGAAAUCCGCUCAGACGUCUGAAGCCUGGAGAUGUUUAAUGAAAUAAAGAGCUCUUGACGUCA